AAUCGGUCGUCCCUUUUGUCAAAAGACAAUGAAAAUAAAUUGUUAUUAGGUUUUCACAUUUGACUGUGCAGCUCAUACCGAGAAAUUCUUCAAAAGUACUAUAUCAUUUGUCAACUAUUAUUUGAAAAAAUAAGUAAAGUUCUAAUUGUAAAUAUAUAGUUAAAGAAUAAUAAAAAAGUGUACUGGUAAAUAUGUCUACAGUCAGAAAAGCCACCCACUCUGGAAGCUGGUACACAAACAUAGGUACUGAGCUGUCACGUCAACUGGAUCGCUGGCUGGGUGCUGCCGAACUUUCUCAUGGACCAGCCCGUGCAAUAAUUGCGCCACAUGCUGGUUAUACCUACUGUGGUGCUUGUGGUGCCUUUGCAUAUCGACAAGUCAGUCCCGCCGUAGUAAAACGAAUUUUCAUAUUAGGACCAUCUCAUCAUGUACGCCUGCGUGGCUGUGCUUUGUCCACUGCUAAGACCUACAAAACACCUUUAUAUGAUCUCAAGAUUGAUACUCAAAUCAACGCCGAAUUAGAAAAGACUGGACACUUUUCGAGAAUGGACAUGAAAACGGAUGAAGAUGAACAUAGCAUUGAAAUGCAUUUGCCAUAUAUAGCAAAAGUAAUGGAGGAUUUUAAGGAUCAAUUCACGAUUGUGCCAAUUUUAGUGGGUUCUUUGAAUCCUGAACAGGAAGCUUUAUAUGGUGAUCUUUUAGCAAACUACUUUACAGAUCCACAAAACCUCUUUGUGAUAUCAUCGGACUUUUGCCAUUGGGGUCACCGCUUCAAUUAUACAUAUUACGAACGUUCGUGUGGUCAAAUUCACGCCUCCAUUGAGAAGCUGGACAAGGAUGGUAUGGCUAUCAUCGAGACCUUAAAUCCUAGCACUUUCACUGAGUAUCUACGGAAAUACAAUAAUACAAUUUGCGGCCGCCAUCCAAUCGGUGUGAUGUUGAAUGCUGUAAAAGCGUUACAAAAUCAAGGCUAUAGUAACAUGAGCUUUAAAUUCCUCAAGUAUGCUCAAAGCAGUCAGUGCAAGGAUAUGGAUGAUUCCAGUGUUAGCUAUGCAUCCGGUUCAUUGGUGUUUGAAGCUUAGAACAUGCGGCAAGGUAAAAAUAGUAAGUUAAUGUGCAAAUACUGAACGACAUACGUACCCACAACGCUGGCAGAGUAAUUUUACUUUUAAUUAUUUCACGUAGUUUUUUUUUUUUUUGUUUUCUUUACAAGCUUAAAAUAAUUGAAUUUCACAAAGUAAGGUUUGAAUAAAUAUAGACAAGUGGAGUAGCUGAUAACAAA